UGUGAUUGUGAUUGAUGUACAAAUGAAUGAUUAGAAAUUACACAGACAAGCAGACAGAGUUGUAAAGAGAAAAUAAAACCAACUUCGUAUGUAGGUAUAUUUUUAUUUGUGAUAAGUAUUUUUCUCGAAGUGUUUGUGGUAAAUUUACAAAAUAAAGAAUCACUGAAACAGGUACAAUGUUAAGGUUUCGGCCCAAACUGGGGAGUGAGCGCAACAGCGAAUGGCGCUGUUGCUUCUGUCUUCAUGUACGCACAGGAACCAUACUGCUGGGAACAUGGCAUCUUAUGCUACACCUCAUAGCGCUUGGGUUCCUGGCGGCCAUUGUCCGCGACCCUCGCUUGCUGGACGAGCUAGAGCGGGACUCCGCCCCCAUGGCCGACUGGGGCAAUGUAGCGCGCGUCAAUGAAGCCAUCCCUACGCCUCUGUCGAACGUGGAAGCGCCUCCGAGCUCCAUCCCUCAGCAUAUCGGACAGCCUCGAGAUCAUAGCCUUAUAUAUCAUGAUGUGGAUGUGGGUGCGCUGGUUACAGUGUGUACCCUGGCCAUCACAUUCAUGCUGAUCUACGGAGCCGCUCUAGGCAAGCCCGCCCAUCUAUUGCCUUUCUUCUGUCUGCAGAUAUUCGACUUUGCUAUCACAGUUCUGACUGCGACCGGUUACCUGUGCUACCUGCGCUCCAUACAUCGGCUGGUGGCUGAGACACGGCGCGUCCCGUGGCAAGCUCAGCUGCUGCAGCUGCCGGCGCCCGCCUUAGCGCUCGUCGUACUCUCUGCCUUCUUGGUUGCCGUGCUGCUCAAGGGUUACUGCAUCAGCGUAGUUUGGCGCUGCUACAAGUACCUGACGAUGCGUGCACACGCGCUACAGACGCCCUUCGUGAUCUCCAGCGAGGAUGUGCCGGGGGCGCCGCUGCCCUACGCCGCGCCCGCGCCCGACUACUCCAGCCUGCUGCCGGACUACGAAGAGGCGGUUAAACAAACCCCACCUCCUUCGUACCGCGCCGCCACGCUCAUGGCCGCCGCAGAUCCCUCGCUUACAACCGUUCAGGAGAGGGCACAGAGCGAGCAAGCACAGCCGCAGCCGCAACCACAGCCGACCAACACUAUAGUGGUGCUCCCACAGAACGGCACGCAAGCCCGCGUCUGAAUCUCAUAAAACCAUUGACAGCACCGAGGAUAUCACUACAUAAAGGGCCACUCAUAAUUUAAGAUUGUUAUCCAUAAACACACGUAUUUGCGUCUACUGCCACAUCUUGACUAACUUUACAAGUACAUAAUCCUGAUACGUUGUAAGAAUUUGGUGUUUGACAGUAGCCGCAAGACGUGAAGUCGCUUCGUCAACCGCUUGAAUUGUAAACCUCAUUCUACACCAAACAUCAAGUACGCUCAAUACGGAAGUAACUGCACUUAGUUGUCCAAAGAUAAUGUAGAUUCCUUCCAAAGAGCUUUUAAUGUUCACCAAUGCAAAGAAGCCCUUAUUAUAAACUACAUUCGUAUUCCUCGUUGCUUUCAUGUAAAAAAAAAAUAUAAAAUUAAAAUUAUUUUUAAAGUCAUCGUCCUACACGUUCAUCUAGAUGUAUUUAUUUUUAGACAAGUUACUGAGUUAAUUCAUUUUAUUUAUUUUGAUUUUGAAAUACUAAAUAAUGUUGUUAAUUGUAACUUUUGUGCUUGAUGUGGGAUAGUGAGGUUUAAGCCAGUAAAUCUAUCUCGAACUUAAAUCCAAGAGAUUUAAAUAUACAUAGAUUUCAUACCAGUGCCAUUGCGUUGAGUGUAAUAAAUUUUAUUUUUGUACUUCAUGAAAUCAUUAGAGUUAUAUUCCCUAUCCAAUCAUUAAAAUACACUAUUAAGUACAUCUAGCGAGGCACCUGUCGAGGUAUCUCAUUUGCGUUAAAUAGUUUGCUGUACUUAGUUACACGAAAUAUGCUGAUUUAUUUCGUGAUAGUAUAUUUUUUAAGUGUCUCGAGUAAACCUACUCGAAAUCAGAAGUAGAUGUCUCUGUUAGCGUACGGAACAUAUUGACAUUCCUGAAUGUUGCAUUGUAUCAGAACGUUACUAUUUUUUGACGGUUCAUAAAAUCCUGGUGACCCUAAAUCUUUACAUUGAGAUAUAUAUGUAUAUAAAUAUGCCUGCAAACUCUACAGCCAGUCAAAUUGUGUUGUGUUAGCAACCCAGUUAUUGUAAUAUACGUACGUACGUAUUAUUGAUUGAGUAUUAUUUAUACUAUCUAUAGCAAUCAUAAAAUUUAUAACAACAGUCGUUUGUAUUGAAAUAGAUAGAUAAAGAUACACAUUUAUUUAUUUAUACUUGAGAUUAAUAUCAGAUACUUACACAUGUGUGGUUUUACAACUCAGGGUUACAGUAAUUUGAGCUUGCAUUAGCCUUCCUCGUGAGAACUAUAGUUAUAAAACCUUAAUAAAAUAUUAAGGUACGAAAGUACAUUAAAAUCUGAAAUAUAAUAGUAAUAUUUCGUUUUUUCAGUCAAAAUGCAGCCAGUGAAUAAAAUUUUAGGCAUAAAAUGCAUACCACUCAUUGGUGCCUUAUCAUAUCGUUGGCAAAUUUCUAGUACCUUCUAAACGAUCAUUCUAAAUAAAUUAGGUACAAACUAUCUAGUAUAACUAUUACUUAGAUAGGUUGCGUGUGAUGUAGAAAGCUAAUCAUGUCGUUGCUUUUUGUCGUAACUUGGUAAGACACCGUAAGUAGUUUCAUAUUGGCCUAAAUUGUAAAGUAACUAUGUCGCUGCAUUGUAAUUUGCUUUGAUUAGUUGUAAUGAGUAAUGCCUUGUACACAGGACUACAACAACAUUUAAGAAAAUUAUAAGCUUAAUAGUGAACAAAAAAAUCUUAGUUCAGGCCGAAAAAAAAAAACAAGUGAUCAAACAAGAUUUGCUCACUUCAUAAACUUAACCUUGUAUUGUUCAUGAAAUUCUUAGUUAUUUUGUGUAUUGUUAGAACCUAAAUUGUAAAUGCACCAACGAUAAAUUGACGUGUAUUACAUAUUACUUACUAAAUUAUACUUAAUGUAAAAUAUUCUUGAAAUAAAUCAUACAUAAAUGGA